GGUCGUCGCUCGCGGCAUGGCGCUCCCUCUCCUCGACGCGCCGAGCUCGCGAGACCGCACGCUGCACGCGAGCGGCACCUCCGACGUCUUCACCGCGCCGCUCGGCGGGAGAGGCUUUGAGGACGGAGGAGCCCUCGUGGUGGUCAAGCGGAGCAAGAUUACGUGCGCGCGCGACAUUGAGCGCUUCGAGCGCGAGGCCAGCCUCCUCGCGAGCCUCGCUCACGAGUGCGUCGUGCGGCCGCUCGGCCUCAUCCGCUCGCCGCCGACGUACGCGCUCGUGUUGCCGCUGCACGCCCGCGGCUCGCUCUUUCGCGCGCUGCACAACUCUCGCGCCGGCCUCUCGCUCCGGAGCCGCGCCUCGCUGGUCGCCGACGCGUGCGCCGCCGUCGCCCACCUGCACGAGCGCGGCGUGGUGCACCGCGACGUCAAGCCGGACAACUACCUGCUUCGUGAGGACGGUGCGGCGGUCCUCACCGACUUCAACGCGGCGGAGCGCUCCGACGCAGUCAGCGGCGCCAUCACGAUCCACGCGCGCGCCAUCACCCUGCAUGCCCGGCCGACAGGCGGAUUCUUCAAGCAGUACGUCGUCGGCACGCUGCCGUACAUGGCGCGAGGGUUCAGCACGCUGCCGUACAUGGCGCCGGAGCUCAUCACCCGCGGCGGCGCCUCGGGGGCGGCGAUCGACUUUGAGGCGAUCGCUGCUUGCGACAUGUACUCGCUCGGCAUCACCGCCAACGAGGCGACGGCCGGCUUGCGCGGCGCCGACCGGAUGGAGGACAGGCACGUGAUGCUCGUGCGGGGAGGCGUCGCCCUCGCCGCGGUCUUCGACGGGCACGGCGGCGACGGCGCCGCCGCCUUCUGCGCGCACAGCUUCGCCCUGAGAGUGACGCGCUGCAUCGGCGACCGCCGCUUGCGCCACCUCGGCCUCAGCAGCGAGCCAGAGCUGCGCUGCUGCGCGCGCGCCCCGACGGACGUGGGGAUCGUGCUCGCGUCGGACGGGCUCUGGGACGUGAUGGACGAGGCGCGCGUGCUCCACUGCCUCACGCACACGGCGCGUUCGGCCGACAUGCUCGCCAAGCGGCUCGUCCUCGAGGCGAUGGACCGCGGCACCACCGACAACGUGACGUGCGCGGUGGUGCUGUUCUGA